AUGGACCCUUAUCUCUUAUGGUUAGCUGGCAAAGAGCAGGAAGGACAUGCAGACAUUAUUCCAAUUGAAGACCCAGCAACAGGAGAAAUAUUCGCCAAAUGCCACGCCGCCUCUCCUGAGGACGUAGAGAUCGCCAUCUCCUCCGCCCAUGCCGCAUACAAGUCCGGCAUAUGGUCGCGAGCGAGUCGCCAUCAUCGCGCAGAUGUACUCGAGAAAUGCGCAGCACUCCUUUCUAACGCACUCCCAGAAUUCAUAGCACUCGAGUCGAAACAAACAGGUCGAGUUAUUCGAGAGAUGAACGCUCAGGUCCCAUCGUUGACGAGAUGGUUCAAGUAUUAUGCGUCGUUACUCCGUGUUGAGGAGCGCUCUGUUCUUCCGACAAUGGGGAAACUGCAUAACUUUGUCGAUCGCGUUCCUUUGGGUGUUGUGGUUCAGAUUACGCCGUUUAAUCAUCCGCUGCUGAUCGCCGUGAAGAAGUUGGCUCCUGCGCUAGCCGCUGGGAAUAGUGUUGUUAUUAAGCCUAGUGAGCUGACGCCGUUGACUACUUUGUUGCUUGGGAAGAUCCUUGGUCAGGCGGGCAUUCCUGAUGGGGUGUUGAGCGUGUUACCUGGAUAUGGUGCUAUUACUGGUAAAGCGCUCGUUGAGCAUCCCCUGGUCAGAAAGGUGGAUGUUACUGGUGGUACCGAGGCUGGUAAAGCAAUCGGGAAGAUUAUAGGAGGAAACUUGACCAAAUACACAGCAGAGCUAGGGGGCAAGGCGCCUCUGAUUGUGUUUAAGGAUGCCAACAUCGACGCAGCGGUUAACGGGAUUGCCUUUGGAAGUUUCAUUGCCAGUGGCCAGACUUGUGUUGCUAGCACCAGAAUUAUUGUGCAGAACAACAUCAUGAGUGAAGUUCUGGGGAAGCUCACGACUAAGAUUGCGGGAAUUACACGACGCAUGGGGGCUCCAAGCAACCCAGAGUCAAUGAUGGGCCCUCUAAUCUCCGAAAAACAAUUGCGGCAUGUCGAAAAGCUAGUCAAGGAUGCUCUAAGUGGACGCAAUGCAUUUUCGCUUGCCGGAGGAAAGCGCAUGACUGGUCGAAGCCCACUUGACGGAUUCAACUUCGACAAGGGAUACUACUAUGAGCCAACUUUGCUAGUGUCUGAUCAGGGCAACAACAGCAUUGUGAACACCUCUAUCUGGCGCGAAGAAGCCUUUGGCCCCGUAAUUGUCGUGGCUGGUUUCGACACCGAAGAACAAGCUAUCGCCCUGGCAAACGACACCGAGUUUGGAUUGGGAGCUGGUAUAUGGACAACCAACCUCUCCCAAUCGUUCCGAGUGUCAGAACAGAUUGCUGCUGGAAUCACUUGGGUAAAUACCCAUCACCGCAAUGACCCUAGCAGUCCCUGGGGCGGUGCAACCAGUGCAAGCGGAGUGGGAAGUGAGAAUGGCAUUGAGGCUUAUCAUGCGUAUACUACGACUAAAAGUGUCAUCAUCAAUUAUGCUGAUCCAGAGGAGUCUCUGGCUAUGGAUGACUGGUUUGGAGAUGGCGCACAGAAGGUAUCGCCCUACAAUCUAUGGAGUGUCCGCGCUCUGCGCGCUGUCUCCCUCUUGGCACUGGGACUUAGUUUCAUCUGGUGGACUUUGCUCUUAGUAUCUAUCUUUGUCAGUCCGCCGGUGAUUCACCCGCGAGGGUCGGGUUUCUUCGCGUUUUCAUAUACGACGCUAGCGACUGGAUACCUAGUCCUGGGACUGCUAUUCUUCGCGGUACCCUCCAAGCCGAUGACCAUCUGGGGUAUCUUUAUCGUCGCGCUUCUUCUGGUGGAUACGUGCAUUAUCCUGGGCGUGGCGCGGAUCCGUCUUGAAGAAGGCUGGGUUGGGAUUGCCUCUGUCGUCUGGGUGGUUAUAAUCUCUAUCUGGCAAGUUCUUUUGAAUCGUGCUGUCGCUUGGGGGAAGAAGGAAGAGGAGGAGCGUUUGACUGGUCGGGAGGAGACUCGUCGCUCGCUUUUGGAGUGGAUGGCUGUCCUUGCUGAGACGGUAUUGCUUGUUGUCAUGGCUAUCGCAGUCGUUUUAUUCACGUCUACGCUUAUCAUUCGUGCGCGUGACGUUUCUGUGCCUCCUCCGGGUGAGCGAUAUCUGGUUCAUGGUGAUUUAUACCAAGUGCAUCUUGCCUGUGUUGGAAACAAGACUGCCGAUGACAACUCGUCGACGAUUCUCCUCGAAGGUGGCACUGGACCCGUCGAACAUACACUGCAGCCAUUUAUGGACGAUUUGUACCGCCGUGGCUCUAUUGACCGGUAUUGUUACUGGGAUAGACCAGGGUUCGCAUGGUCCGACAAUGCACCCUCUCCACAUUCAGCAGGGAUGUCGGCAGAUGUGCUAGCAGAGGCACUGGCUCUCGCAGACGAGACUGGUCCCUGGGUAGUUGUCUCCGCGGGUGUUGGAAGCCUCUAUUCCAGGCUGUUUGCCAGUCGUAACCUGCUUGAAGUCCGCGGUAUCUUCAUGAUUGACCCGCUUCACGAGGAAUACUUGAGUGACCUCGGGAAACCAGGUCGUGGCUUUGUGCUCUGGUUCCGCGGUAUUCUGUCUCCGCUUGGACUGGACCGACUUGCUGGAGCCUUGUUCCGGGGUCGUACUCGUCAGGACCGAAUUGCAGGACGUUCGGCGUAUCAGUCUGGCAAGUUCAUCAAGGCAAAACUGCAAGAGAACCUCGUUGCGGUUACUAUGACUGCGGCUGAGGUGCAGUCUGCUCGUCAUGUUCAGAUGGGACAUGUUCCGGUUGUCGUUGUGAGCUCUGGUCAAGAGGUUCGCAAGGAUUCCCGUUGGGCAGAUCGACAAGAGGAUCUGUCUCAUAUCACAGAUAAUCUCUAUUCCUGGGAUGUUGUCGCCGAUGCGCCACACGAAGUAUGGAUGGAUGGUGAAGGGCGGGUGAUGAUCGAGAAGCGGUUGAAGGAACUUGUUGAAGCAGGGCAGUCAUUUGGGCCAUAA